AAUUUAUAAAUAUUAAAAGGACAAUCAUGUGGCUUUAACUUUUAACAUUACCCACCAUUUCUUUCCUUCACCAUUGAAACAUCAACAAUCACAAACAACAAAAAACUCAAAAAAUCAUGGAAGCAAAAAAAUCAAACUACAACCAAAAUCAUCAUGCAAUAUUUCUACCUUUACCACUUCAAGGUCACAUAAACCCAUCAAUAAACUUAUCUCUAAAACUUGCUUCUUCAAAAAACUUCACCGUAACAUUCCUAACUUAUGAUUACCUCCACCACCAAAUCACCCAAGCUCAGCCCCUCAAGGACUCCGAUGACAUAUUUUCGAGAGUUCGCGAGGGGCCAAACAGGCUUGACAUCCGAUAUCGGUCGAUAUCGGAUGGCUUGCCCUUGGAUUUUGAUAGAAAUGGUACAAAAUUAGAGGAGGCUUUAGGAUGGUAUGUGGAUGGGAAAUUGAUUGACUUUGUAAUGAAGGGAGUAGAGGAGAUUAUAUUGAAUUCAAAUCCAAAAGUUGAUGUUUUGAUUAUUGAUUCUUUUUAUCCUUGGGGAUCUAAGAUUGCCACAAAGUUUGGAUUACGAUUUGUGUCGUUUUGGACUGAGCCUGCUUUGGUUUUCAAUCUUUAUUAUCAUAUCAAUCUUCUUAAGGAGCAUGGACACUUUGAUUGCCCCGAUACCCGGAAGGAUCCAAUUGAUUACAUACCAGGAGUAAAAUCUCUUGAUCCAAGGGACUUGACGUCAUAUCUACAAGAAACAAACACCUCAACCAACAUUCACAAGAUACUUUCUCAAGCAUUUCAAGAUGUUAAAUCAGCAGAAUUUGUGCUUUGUAACACUAUUCAAGAGCUUGAAUUAGACACCAUCUUAGCCUUACAAGCUCUCAUUCCUUUCUAUGCAAUCGGGCCUACAUUUCGUGUUUGCUCACCCAAAAAUGAUAUAUCGACUAAUCUUUUGGCUGAAUCUGAUUGCUCGGAAUGGCUCAAUGCCAAGCCUAAUGCCUCAGUUUUGUAUGUUUCAUUUGGUAGUCUUGCUAAACUUUCUAAAGAUGAUGUUAUGGAGAUUGCUUAUGGGCUUAUGGAGAGUAACAUUUAUUUUAUUUGGGUGCUUCGGCCCAAUAUUGUGCUUAAUGAUGAUGGGGUAUUGUUGCCCGAUGGAUUUAAGGAAGGCAUUAGCGAUCGUGGGAUUGUUGUUCCUUGGACUAAUCAGAAUGCGGUUUUAUCUCAUCCCGCUAUCGGAGGAUUUUUAACGCACUGUGGGUGGAACUCGAUAUUAGAAAGUAUUUGGUAUGGAAUUCCGAUGUUGUGUUUUCCUGUAUUUACUGAUCAGUUUACUAAUCGGAAACUAGUUGUUGAUAAUUGGAAGGUGGGAACUAAUUUAUGCGAGGAAAAACAGUUAAGAAGAAAGGAUAUCGAUAUACAAAUUAAGAGUUUUAUGAACCAAGAAAACGUGGAUGAAAUGAAAAAAAAUAUUAAGGUUGUAAGGUAUUUAUUAGAGACUGCAUUAGAAGAUGAUGGAUCUUCAACAAAAAAUUUGGAUAUAUUUGUUGAACAACUUAAUAUUCAUCCAUGAAAAUUAAUAAUAUUAAUCUGGUCUAUCUGAUCGUAAAUGUAAUUUAGCUAAAAAUAAUCUUCUCCUUAUAAAUUUGUUCACUUGUUAAAAUGCCUUUUAAGAUGUACUCUUAAUAAAUUGAAUAUAUUGCAAGGUGUUAUUUUGGAGUUGGAGUU